CCGCCUCACAAUACGCCUCGCUUUGUCUUCACGAUAGCAAACACCCUUCUCCGACAUCCAUAGACCGCGGUCCAUAGAUAGAACAGACUCUUCACCCUACCCUCGAGCGACGACCGGUUUCCCGCAGCGCGGCUCCUUCCAAUACCUACGUCGAACAAUAGACUGUCAUGGGCUGCCCACGCCCGACCCGUCUUCCAGUUCGCGUCCGACAAACCUGCGACUGUGGCUCCUUCCAUAAUUGCUAAGGUCUCCCACCUUACCUGGACGAGUUGUGUGUACAAUUGUUAUUACAGUAGACGUCAUGCUCGGUCAAUUCUUUGGCGGUCGGAAGGCUACCGGCGCGACCCAUCCCUCGCCGACCACCCCUCUGGAAUCUGCGACAGAAGAGUCUCACACGCGACACCUGCUCUAUCCCGAAUUGAACAGCAACUACCCACACGAUGGUCAACACUAUCCACUACCGACGCCAACCCUCCCCUUGGGAAACGGCUAUGAUGGUCCUCAGCCCGAGAUUGAUCUCGAGUUCCCCAGGGACUGUAGGAUCAUAAUUGCCCAGGACGAAAUCAAUGCUAUGCCGAGAACCGUCCUCUAUGAUUCCAAACCCGGCUCACCUCGAGCAGAAUCGCCCACACAGCAGAAUGCACGGUCAAGGCCCUUUGGCUCGACCGCAGGCGCCAAUACUGCGGGCCCCUCCUUUGGAGGUGUACAUGCACGGCGAUCCUCCCUUGUCACGGAGCCAACACCAAGAUCGCCAACCGUUGCUGCGUUCUCGCGCACGCGAGCACGGGGCGGUUCGAUUUCCUCCAUGCCAAACAUAGACGAACACACACAAACCCAUGCUCAGUUCCAGGCCAAACCAACGGAGUCCUUCGACGUUGUGAAAACAUGUCUGGAUUGCAUGUUUGGAAACACUACCAUGAGCUAUAGGGGCAAUUCCAACAAACUACAUAUCGUCCCCCUCGACUCUAGGCCCGCUGAUCUCACCCCUGCAGCAGCAAGUUUACACGAAGCGUCCGGUUCCCUAGGCAGGUCAGAAGGGCUCCGUCGAAGAAGUAAUUUAGCAAAGUCAUUCACGCCAUCUAACUUCCCAAUUGAUAUGCCUCAAACGGAUACUCCUGGAAACUCCUCAAAAGAGUCCCGCAGACGAACCAUUCUCAUCACUAGAAUGUUCUCGGUUGCGUUGCCAGACGAGGAACGUGAUUCCUCCGACCCUCGUACUCCAACCCCUCAAAGCUCCCUAGGGAAAGGUAACGGCUUUCCUUUUCCUCGCACAGGAAAUAAGGCGGGAGUUGGAGCUACUCGACCGCCACAGCCAUCUCAGUCGCGGCGGACUCCAAUGUACGCCAUCACUAUUAUACUCCAUUUGCCAUUGUCUUCUUCGUCCCCUACCAUGCGACCACCCUCUAGGCCGGGCCACUCUGCCGCCAGAGGUACGGCUCACUUAUCCACUUCUGCUCCUGGCCAGGACUCUCUUGGAUCAUCCCUAGACUCCGAUCGUCGCGCUGGUUGGACAACCAUCGAUCCCAAUUUCGGCGUGGAAUCGCUCUUGUCGAUGUCCCUGAGUAGCGAUGUCGAUGACCGCGUUGAUGUCAUUGGACAGCACUGGGAUGUCAUCACAAGGACUCUUACAAGUCUUCAGUAUGUAGUGCGCGAACGGAUAUUAGCCCAUUUCCGAAUGAACGAUGCCCGUUCUCCAACAGUCUCACCGCUACCACGUGGUCAGCCAUCUCGAUAUGCCACACGAGAACCUCUUCCCCAAGUAGGCCGUCGGUUCUGGAGGCUGCAACCAAACGAGCUCGCAAUAGACCCACUCAUCCGCCAGGCAGUCGAGGUUGCAGGCAACCGCGUAGUGAGCGGAAUGAGAAUCCCUCGAGUCGUCACCGGUCAAGGGAAAUGGGGUGUUUGGCGUGAAGAAGCAAGGUGGCUCGGCCGGUGGGCGAAUCGACGAGAAGAGAACUUUUUCUUCUUCAAUCUACUUACGGCCUUCCUGGGGCAUCAUACCGAAUGGUUAAAUAUCUUGGGGCCGAAAUGGCAUCGAAAGCGUCACCGGGAGCAGCAAAAGUCACUUUCUGGGGACAAUCUUACUAUCCCGAACAGGACUGUCAUUGUGUCCCCUGAUAAGAUGGCUGCGAGAAGGCUAAUAUUCUUGCUCGCUGCGUUCUUGCCGUCUGGCACUUCGGUGCUUUACGAUGGCGCGUCUCCAAUGAGACCUGGCACUUCCGCAUCGUUCCGGGCAUACUCACAAUCCCCACCUACAAAUCUACCUCCAUCGAGAAAACAUUCUCUGCGACGUCAGAUCAACCGCCGUCCCCGGGGUAAACCAAGUCUUACAAAUAUGCGCCCACAGCAUGGGGGCAGUUCCAGCAACGGCUCGACGUUUGAAUCUUCUAACAUUCGCGUUGAUUCGGGUGUCGCUGAGUUUCAGGAUGCGUCUAAGCAGCACUCCUGUCGGUCUUCUGUAAAUUCAAUCCAGAACAGCUUGGUUCUUCCCCCUAUGUCGGAUAGUGCAGCUAGUAAGAGUGGUUCCGCAACCACUUCGACAGCAACGCCUGAAAAUAACAUACCUGUUGCUCACUUCGCACUUCCCCGCACAAAGUCUUCUGGGCCACCAGCUGAGAAUAGGCCAGAGAGCAGCGACAGCCUCGCUUCUGCGAAUCUGAUGAACACGCUCCAACGAAGCAACACCGGACAUAUCAGUAACCGUAGCACUGAUUCGGGUAACACAAGCCGGUGGAGCGGCUUCAUGAGCUUCUGGAACGGGGGCAGGCGCGAAUCAUCUACAGAUCACAGCGACUUCCUACAAUCUACAGAUGACGGCUUGGGCGUUCCCCACUUCGGCUUCGCGGGUGAAAGGCGACGGUCGCAGCUCGAACAAAUGGUGCACGAGCUGUCCAUGGACCAAGAAACAUUUGAUGAAUCUGAUGCAUUCGAUUCUUCCAACCUGGACAACAGUACCACAGCCGACGGAUCUCCGGAAACAUACCCGAUGGGCGGCUCCAGUGGUAUGCCAGCAUCAGCUGCGAGGCCGAUACCCGAACGUCCCAAAACGUUCGACUCCACCCUCAAGCUCUCGAUCAAUGAGAAAGACGGAGUCAUUGAUGUGGACAUACCACUUCCAGAUUUCGGGUCGCCGCUUCAAUCGCCAUUGCUCGGCGGAUAUGGAUCAGCAUCGAGCCAGCAAGGCUCGAGCUUUGGCGAAACAUCGAUACUAUCAAUGCCAUACUGUGAACCCGAUCAGCCUGUCAAUGCUGCCGGCUGGCUCAAGCAGUUCCAUCCCGAUUUCGCUAUUCAAGCCAUCAAACCGUACGCCGAUCUCGAGCGAGACAUCAAGCAAGCCAUGAGUGCUGAGCCAACUCCUGUCACAUCGGCGGCGACUCCAACACUUGAGCAAGGGCCCCAGGAACGGUGGGUAGACGUCUGCUCUGCUCUCGUGUCCGAUACUCGUAACUUCACCAUCAAACGUAUACGUCUCAGGCGACUGGUGAAGAUCACACCAUUGCCGACAUAUCACCAAGCAGCCCUGACGCCCAGUGUAACUGGUGUGCCUGGCCGUUCACAGUAUGGUAAUCCGUACAGCGCCAGUACCGUCGGGCCGACAAUGACCGAACAGCAUCUUACUGAGGAGUUUAGUGAGGAGACCAUCAUGGAUUUCGAUGCCACUCUCAUCGACGCUGUCGAUCGUGUUCUCGCACAAUCCGGGCAAGGUUCUCGUGUCCAGUCCACUAGUUCUUCGAGGUCUAGUUCCCGGCGAGGAAGGCGAGACACCAGGACGAGUUUCGACGCCGGCCACGGACCAGCCGAGAUCUCCCAAGGCGAUUACAAGGGCAUAAUCUUCGACGCUCUCGAAUCAGUAGUGAGGGACGUGACAUCUGAGCGCACCGGGAAAGAACAAUCAACGAAAGACAAAGCUCUUGUCACCGACAAGAAGGUUCAACAAGACGCCCCCGCGAGCACGGCAACAGACUCAUCUCUCAAAGAGGGCAUUCGACGCUGGCUUACUGAAGUAGAGUAGUCAUCAUCACAACUGCUCUCUUCCUCCUCUUUCCCUCACCCUCUUCCCCCCUAAUACCUCUUUUGCGUCAGACGGAUCAAAGUGUAUAUCGAUAA